AUGACAGAAAUUACAUUAGGCCGCUACUUGUUCGAAAGACUGCACCAGAUCCACAUUGACACCAUUUUCGGUUUGCCAGGUGAUUUCAACUUGACUUUGUUGGACAAGAUCUACGAAGUUGAAGGCUUGAGAUGGGCCGGUAACGCCAAUGAGUUGAACGCUGCCUAUGCCGCUGACGGUUACGCCCGUUUGAAGGGCAUGGCUUGUCUACUGACCACAUUCGGUGUUGGUGAACUUUCAGCCUUGAAUGGUAUUGCGGGCUCCUACGCUGAACACGUCGGUGUCUUACAUGUGGUUGGUGUUCCAUCCACUGUCUCUAGAGCCAAGCAACUAUUGCUGCACCAUACUUUGGGUAACGGUGACUUUGACGCAUUCCACAGGAUGUCAUCUGUUAUCUCUGAGACAACAUUCAUUGUGUCUGAUCCUCAGACUGCUCCAGCUGAGAUUGACAGAUGUAUCAGAGUGUGUUACUUGACCCAGAGACCUGUGUACUUGGGUAUCCCAGCCAACAUGUUUGACUCCAAGGUGUCUUCCAAGCUGCUAGAUACGCCAAUCGACCUAGCGCUAAGACCUAAUCUGCCAGAUGCCGAGCGUGAGGUGCUAGAUGAGAUCAUCACUAUGAUCAAGGCCUCUAAGCGCCCAAUUAUCUUAGCUGAUGCCUGCACCUCGAGACACGACGUGAAGAAGGAGACCAAGAGAUUGAUCGAGGUGACCCAGUUCCCAUCUUUCACUACGCCAAUGGGAAAGGGCUCCAUUGAUGAGGACACACCAAGAUUCGGUGGUGUCUACGUUGGUAACUUGAGCGACCCCGAGGUGAAGACAUUUGUCGAGGAGUCCGACCUGGUGCUCUCAGUUGGUGCGCUGCUAUCCGACUUCAACACUGGUUCGUUCUCGUACUCCCUGAACACUAGAAACGUCAUCGAGUUCCACUCUGACCACAUGAAGAUCAGAAACGCCACCUUCCCUGGCGUGCAGAUGAAGUUUGUCCUGGAGAAGUUGCUUGAGGAGCUUCCAGCUGUGGUGAAGGGCAGAACCGAUAACAGGGUUGUUCCAAGGCAAAAGGAGCCAUCGACCACGCUGAACGGCAAGGACGCCAUCAAGCAAGAGUGGAUGUGGAAGCAUGUCGGCAAGUUCCUGCAAGAGGGCGAUGUUGUGGUCACCGAGACAGGUACUUCUGGUUUCGGUAUUGUAGAGUCUAAGUUCCCUAGAAACACCGUUGGUAUCUCUCAGGUGCUAUGGGGUUCGAUCGGCUAUGCACUGGGCUCCACUGUGGGUGCUGCGUUCGCCGCCCAGGAGAUCGACCCCAAGAAGAGAGUCAUCCUGUUCAUCGGUGACGGUUCGUUGCAAUUGACCGUGCAGGAACUGUCCACCGCUGCCAGAUGGGGCCUAACACCAUACAUCUUCGUGUUGAACAACAACGGCUACACCAUCGAGAGACUGAUCCACGGUGAGACGCAGGGCUACAACGACAUCCAGUCCUGGGACCACUCCCUGAUCCUCCCAGCGUUCGGCGCCAAGAACUACGAGAACAAGCGCGUUGCUACGUACGGUGAAUGGAACGACAUGGUCAACGACAAGCAGUUCAACAAGAACGACAAGCUGAGAAUGAUCGAAGUGAUGCUACCAACCAUGGACGGCCCUGAGAACUUGAAGAAACAGGCCAAGUUGACAGCAUCCAUCAAUGCCAAAAACUAA